AUGAAAGUGAAGGUUGAUGCGGUUACACCUGUAUUUGCUUGGUCUUGGGAUACAAGAAAUGAAUUGGAAAUCAAAAACGAUAUUGAAAAGAAGGUUUACCCAAAUAUUAUUAACUAUAACAAACAAAAACAGCCUGAACAUCCAUUAACAACUAUAAAUAAAUCACAAGAUUUCCUCAACGAUAGCAAUAGUAAUAGUCAGCAAUCAAAUGUGAGUAAUGUCGAUGAUAUUUAUGAUGAUGAAGAAAGUGAUGAUGAAGAUGAGAAUGAUGUAUGUGGGAUCUGUAGAGCUAAUUAUAAUGGAACCUGUCCGACAUGUAAAAUACCUGGUGACUCGUGUCCUUUAGUUAUAGGUGAUUGUAAACAUUUCUUUCAUUACCACUGUAUUGUUCGAUGGCUAAGAACUUUACAUUCAAAGGGUCUUUGUCCCAUGUGUAGAAGGCAAUUCCUUUUAAAGAAAAAUUACCCAAUUAAUAACCCUGUUCGUAAACAAUUCAAUGCGAUGAUGGUUCAGUUAGUGGCCCAACGAGUAGAAGACGAUGAAGAUAUCGGACACUGGGUCGGUAAUCAGUAUGAAAUACCUGAUUAUGUCCCAGAUAAUAACCUUGAUGCUAUUUUGCAAGAUGGAGGUUCAGUUAAGGAGUAUGUAAAUUUUUAUCCUAUUAUUCGACCAUUACCUUGGGCUAAUAGAGAUGAUAGUACAACUAGUUAUGAUAAUAGUAGUGAUAGUGACAUUGAUAUUGAUGAUGAAGAUGGAAAUGAUAAAGGCCAAGAUAAGAUUAAUAGUGGUAAUGAUUUUGCAAAGCAUGAUAAUGAAGAGAAAGAUUUAUUUGAAAUUGUCAAGAAAAGUUUAUUAGACAAAAAAGAUGAGUGUGGUGAAAUUGAUAAUGAAGAUCUUGAAUUAGGUGCAAAGAUAUUACAAUUAUACAAGGAAGAGGCUGAUAGAAAGAAAAAUAAAGUUUAUAAAAAAAAUGGGUAUAAUUCGAUAGAGAUUAGUGAUUCAGGUGAAUAUAGAUAUAGGUUUGAUAACGAAGAUGAAAUAUAUAGCGAUAUGUCCUAUGAGAGUGAGCAUGUGGAAUAA